GACCGACGCUCACCACAGCACCGAAUCCGAUACCGCUGCCGCAACCGCCGCCGCCGCCACCACAACAACAACAACAACCACAACAAACACAAACUCAUUACAUGUCGCAUUCACUUCAUAACACCAUACACAACACACACACCACACUCCAUCACACACACUCAUCCAUCGUUUCGCAUUCACAGAAAUUUCGCAAAAACAAUAAUGCCGCAGCCGUUGCCAAUUCAAAUAGCAUAUUUAGUCAGCGUGCCACCUCAAUACCGGGACACACCAGCAACACCGCAGCAAUGGCAUUCAAGCAGGGCUUGCCCACGGCUUCGUCCAUCUACCAAAGGAACAACAAUAGUCGACGUUUGCAACAUCAUAUGUCUUCGGCUGGUAUGCCGGGUGUAUUGGGUGGUAGUGGCGGUGGUGGUGUGAUUGGCGGUGAGAAGCCGCUAACCUUCUCCACCUCAAAAUCGACAACUGCAAAUGCAAAUGCCAGCAACAAUCAGCAUCAAUAUACAAAUUAUACAAAUUGUGACAACAACAAUAGGAAUAGUAGUUAUAAUGCCGGCGCUGCUUCGGCAGUUGCUUCAAACGCUGUUGUUGGCGGCACCGCAACAGUCACAGCCAGCAUUCCCAAUAGCAACGACAACAACAGUUUUAGUUACAAUAAUUCAUGCAACACAACAACAACAACAACGGCGGACGCCGAUGACAGCGACGAUUUGUUUAUGAUGAGCGAUAACACUACAACAACAACAACAACAACUAUUAAUUCAUAAAAAUCUUUUAAUUAUAAGGAAUCAUAUAUAAACACAUGCAUAUAUCUAAAUAUAUAUAGCCUAGCUUGUAAGGAUACUUAAAGCAGCGAGUCGAUGUGGUUCAACUAACCACAAACAUUUGGGUGUAUACAAUUAUAUACGGCCUAUGGCUUAACUCCACAAUUCAUUUAAACAUUUAAUUGCAACAAUUGGCAUAGCGUACAAGUUCAUUGUCUUUAAAUUA